UUUUCUUCUCUCUAGAGAUAAUCAUCUACUUCUUGGUAUAAAUACACUGUUACACACGCACUUAUAGAGAGACAUCUAGACUUCACUUACACAUUCUAAAAACUUUAACCCUUUACCAGAACCAGUGAAGAUCAAGAAGAAAAUACAUGGAGAGAUCACCAUACUACGGUUCAUCAUACUUAGACUACCUCUCUCUCCCAGACCCACAUGUCUGUUUUUUCUUCAUGGUCGUCUUCUUCGCGUUGUCCCUCACAUGGUACUUGAACUACGAAUCCGUCCUCGAAGACACCAUGAAUCAGCUCAAGCUCGUCUUCAUGCUCUCCCCUCUCUUCCUCCUCCUCCUUGUCCACUUCUUCUCGGGCGGCCUCUCCUUCUACGUCCCCUGGCCUGAACAAGACUCUAUCCACCGUGCUGGUUCUUCUCCUUGGGGCGUCGCAGCCGUGCUCGUGAUCAUAUUGUUCAUGGUUUCGUACCAGUCAGACAUCCAUGAGAUGUGGUUUCCCUUUGGGGCUAGGUAGAUCGAUCAACCUAAAUUUUUCCUUUACACUUGUGAUACGGUCCUACGGAACAUCCAUGUAAAAUCUAGUGUGUCAUAUGAGAUGUCAAAGUAUGUUUACGAGUGAUACUUUUGCCGAAGAUCUUUCAAGUUUUAUCAGAUUGUCUUAUGUAUAUGAAAUUAAGUGUCUUUGUAUUCCUGUAGAAAAUGAGAUGUCUAUCAAAAAAAUUGAUGCAAUAGAAAUGUUUUGUGGAUGAAUGGAAGGAUGAGUUAAAACUCCUAAAAUGAAUAUUGCCGUUCCUAAUGUGUGGACAUUGAUUCAGACAACUAGUGGUUCUUCUUGUGAUCUUUUUGACAAGUGGGAGUUUGAUAUUGUAUAUGUAAUAUUUUCUGGGAUUUUUUUUUUUUGAACUGAAUAUUUUCC